AUGCCACCAAGGAGGAAGAAAUGUAAACUCGUUGAAACUUCGUUUGAAGGUGUCGAUUCGUCCUCAGAUAGCGAUUCCAAGGACUGCUUCCUGGUGCCCCCGAGUCCUCAAAAACAGGUGCAAAAAUGGAAUCGCUCAUGGUUGGACAUCUACACUCCGUCUACUUCAUCCGAGAUAUGCGUAAAUCCCACGAAACUACAGCAGGUCAGGGAGGCUUUGGCCCGGAUGCUGGGCCAAAAGAAGGGUCCGGGACCCAAGUUGUUGGUUCUUUCCGGGCCGUGCGGGGCAAGCAAGUCCACCACGGUAAGCGUGUUGGCCAACGAGAUGCAAUCGGGCGACGUGUUCAAUGACCGAAUUGUUGAGUAUCGUGAAAGUGAGCGGAUCUCGGUGUUUCUCAACUCGUGCAGGUACAAGACUAACUGCGUUGUUUUGAUCGAAGAGCUCCCCAAUAUAUAUCACAAGGAGACGUUGCUUGAGUUCCGAGACUCGAUUCGGGAAUGGGUCUACAGCGAUGACGCGCUGCCGCCGUUGGUGCUCUGUUUGAGCGAGUUUGAAUACGAGGGCGACGAUUCUCGAGCCGUGUACAGUCUUGAGAACAGCAUGACGGCGGACACUUUGCUCGGGAGAGAGAUAUUGAGCUGUGCGCAAGUCGAAGUCAUCAAGUUUAACCCCAUCGCCGUGAGGUUUCUUAGCAAGACCGUCAAGGGAAUCUUGAAACAGGAGGGUCUAACGCAAUAUCUCGGUGACGCGUCGUUCACUUUGCAUCUCAACGAGUGGUUUAAAACAGGCGACAUCCGGUCGGUCAUCUCCAACUUGGAAAUGUGGGCCAAGUGCCGCAACCAGUCGUCAGCGACGUUUAACCGCGAAAACUCGUUGAACAUAUUCCACGCCCUUGGCAAGAUCAUCUACUCGAGCAAGGAGUUUGAAGGCGACAGCAACGCGGUCGACUUGAAUUCCAUCGCCCAGGUGAUUGAACUGUACCCUGAUAAAAAUGCAGCGUUGCUCAGCUUGGGCUUGUUGGAAAACUACCACAUUUACCAAGAUUCCAAGUUCCCUCUCGCGGUUGCAGAGUCCAUAUGCGAAGGGUUGAGUAUAAAUGAUAUCUGCUCGUGGGGCGAAAUAGGAAUAAGAGCCACUAGACUCAGUCUAAGCAAGGUUGUUGACAAGAAGCUGAGCACCUCCAAAUUGAAGAUGAAGUUUCCUCGCCAUUUCAAGAUGCUCAGGACGAGAGGCAAGGUGCGAGCCCAGAUUGAAGCUUACCGACGAUACAUAGCCCCACAAUGCUCGUUUUCAACGUUGAAUCUCCGCGAUGGAUAUUUCCUUCCGCUCAUAUAUAAUGCUGCGAGGAAGAAAAAGACGACACCGCUUAGGUACAACCGGUUAGGGGGCAAGCUUAAAGAAAUCUACGCCGACGAGGAUGUCACCAGCGAGGAAAGUGCAACGGUUGAUGCAUAUGAUCAAUUUCAAAACGACAUUGACAUUGCAGUUCGAAACGAAAGGGGCAACAAGAACAAACAAGAAGAAGAAGAAGAAGAAGAAGAUGCACAGGAAAAAGACAAUUUAAGUGACCCCAUAGAGGAAAGCUCACAAUCAGAUACAGAAUUCUCUUCAGAUGGCGACAUAGACUACUUGAUAUCACAAGGAAAAUUAUAG